GAUAAUUUUGAAGGUUGACAUAUUUCCAAUUUCCUAAACAAUUUUUUUGCUCAAAAAAACUUGCUUUUGGCUUAGGCUUUGGAACAGAAGGAGAAGGUAGAAGAAGCAAAUGGGAGCAUCAACUUGAGCUUGGUCUCUGCGUCUCCAACAGCCUCCUCCAUUUCAACCUUCUUCUGUCGCCAAUCUUAUUUAGCAGAUAAGCAGCCACCAGAACAAUCUUUCCACCUCUAGGGACUAAAAUGGCGAAAGGUUUGAUAUGGGCAACAGCAGAUGAUUUGGCAAGGAAUAGAGGACGAGUUCUUUCUCUUUAUCGCCAACUAUUGCGGAGUCUUAACUCGCCAGAUUUGCCACUGAACUUGGCUGCAAGACUGGCCAAAAAGGCUGAGGUUCGUGCGAUCUUCAUGCUGGCUUCUGAGCAGCGAUCCCUACACAACGUCGAAGAUCUUAUUGAUGCUGCUCACUACUCCCUCUCCCUCUUAAGGAAGGGAGAAAUCCCCAAAUACAUCCAAUGAAUAACUUGUUCGUCAUCUUCAACUCUAUCUCUCUCACUCUUUGUGCGAUUGUGUGUAUGGUUCAUGAAAGAUAUUGAAAACCAGUUUUGUCAAAUUCAUAUUAGGGUAACUUAUUGGGAUCAACAAUUGGAAAACAACUUAAUAACUUUUCCUUUUUAUCAAUAUUAUUUACGCUGUGUUUGGUUGGGGAAUUUGCGGAGGGAUUUGGAAAGAGAAAGGGAAAAGUUAGGUGAAAUGUGAAUAAAAUAUACCUACAUUUCACAUAGUUUCACACACAUUUUCCUUUUUCCUUUCCAAAUCCCUCCUCAAAUCCCUCAACCAAACACAGCAUUAGGGUGUGCCAUUCUUUUACUAUUGGGAAAAUGAGUUUGUUUUGCUUCUUUGAAAUGCCAUCAAUGAUCUAA